AUGCUAGGGCAGGCAGAAAAAGAGAGUGCUGGAGCGUCGUGGGGGAAGAGGAAGGGUAGUGGAAAGAAACGCGAGCACUGGGCGCCCAGAAAGGGCCUUCACCCGUCGCUCUCCGCUGGUUCGGGUGGCUUGCACGGGGCAAGCAAGGGGAGUGGGGUGGUGGCGAGCAGGGGGCGCCGAGACGGCGUGGAUGGAAGAGGCGAGCAGGGGGCUUAG